GAGAGAACUUGCACAGUUUGCGAUAUGCCGGCGGCAAUGAGACGGGGCGUGAGGAGGAGGAUGGGUCAUGAUGCGGUGAUGAUGACCGGGCUUCCGCUGCUGUUUCUGCUUCUGGCGCCGGCUUCGGUGACGGGGCAGGGGCAGGGGCAGGUGCAGGUGGCGGCGUCGUGCACGGCGUCGCUGAUAUCGACGUUCACGCCGUGCCUCAACUUCGUGACGGGGAGCACCAACGGCGGGGGGUCGCCGACGCAGCAGUGCUGCAGGGCGGUGGCCGGGGUGGUCCGCACGGGCGCCGACUGCGCCUGCCUCAUCCUCACCGGCAACGUGCCCUUCAGCCUCCCCAUCAACCGCACCCUAGCAAUCUCCCUCCCCAAGGUCUGCAAGUCCCUCUCCGUCCCGCUCCAGUGCAGAGAUACGGCCACGCAGAUCCCAGCUCCAGGGCCUGUUGCAUUUGCUCCGGCGCUGCCCCCUCUGCCACCUUUGCCGCCGGAGUCGUCGGUGGAUGCCACCGCGACGUCGCCGGCGGUCGAAGCGCCGCCGGCGAUCAUGCAGGGACAGAGGCCGGUGGUGGUGCUGAGCUCGGCAUGGAGGAACGCCCGUGGGCUCCUGGCGCCUGCACCCCUUGUGCUGCUUGUACUUGCGUCCAUUUUGGUUUGAUUGAGUAGAUUGCAUAUAUUGGGGAUGUCUUGUCGCCAUGGUGUCUUCGCGGUAAAACUAUACGAUGAAAUUUUGUGUCGAUGGCCUCUGAGUUGGCCGUGCAAUCUCGUAUUCCCCUCAUGUGGAUUAAUAUGAUAGGAUCAUGUGUUCUGAUUUCUGAAAUGUACACUGGAUGAGUAGA